AAAUGAUGUAACAGUUUUACCUGUCCAAUUACUUAAACUUAGAACUACUAAGGAAAUAUUCAUAAAGCACAUCCAGAUAAGAUGGCGCUUCUUGAUCUUAUUGAACCGUUAUUUGGGGAAUGGCAAACUAUAGUGGUAGCGGCAGUCAUUUUGUUUGUCGUUUACUAUUUCUGGAUAUCUCCGUAUCAGGCGUUAAAAGCUUGCUACCACACUGGACCAACUCCACUUCCUUUCAUCGGACAUCUUCACGACCUCAUCAGGCACAAGGGAAAGUUCCACCUUCAACUUGACGAGUAUUACAAGAAAUAUGGCAACGUUUUCGUCAUGUCAAUGUUUACCAGUAAACCUUGCUUUGUGAUCAGUGACCCAGAAAUGAUCAAAGACAUUUUCGUUAAAGAGUUCGAGUCUUUCUCCGAUCGCCCUGUAAGUCUGAUGUUAUGAUUAAGAAAAAUGCCAUACUAUAGAUAGAAGUUUGACAAAUUUUUCCUUUGUUGUUCACCAGUCACUGGGGCGUUUGAAUCUAUUGUGACUAUAUUUGCGCCUGAUAAAUAGAUUUUAAUGAUAUUAUUAUUAUAAUAUUAUUACUAUUAUUAUUAUUAUUAUUAAUGUAAUAUAUUAGCAAUUGAUAAAGGCAAAGACAUCUGUAGAUAUAAGUUUUAAUGAAUGGGUACAUGUAUAGACUGUUCACAGUCCAAUUUUUUUCUGUGAGAUUGUCGAGAUAUUGCGCGUCUUACCGUGAAUGGUGGCCAUCUUGAUUUUCAAAUGUACCAAGGGGGCGGGUGUUGGGGAUUAUAGCUCUUGGUGGAGGGGGGGCGUGAAAAAUAGAGGGACUGUACCAACAUCACUGCGACUUGCGUUCGCGGAGUGCAUUGUACCAACAACGCAGGCGUUUGAUUGGUCAAUAGACAAUAGAUGUUAAUUUGCAUUGACAACAGGAUUAGCUGAAAGUUGCCGACACUGACACAUCGUUGACAAGUUGUUGUUUCUAUAAAUCACUUUCAUGAUAACUGUUCGCCUAACUUUUGUGUUAUUUUGGGUCUUCAUGGACAUUUCAUAGAGAUUUCAUAGAGAAGGGAUGACAUAAAAUGGUUUGUUCGCAAGUAUUGUUUUGAUAACUAGAUGCUAUUGCGAAUUUGCAAGACACAUAUUAAACAGAUGAAGGAUUUUUGGACAAUGUUUUGAAGAUCAAUCACGUAAGCUGACAUGAUUUUGAUGUAGCCUCAGUGGGGGGAAUUUUGUUAAUUCCAGAAGUCUGCAGAGUUUUGAAUUAAACAGCACGGUUUCUGCCGCAAAGACACGGAAAGACAACCCAUGUCAGAAAUUUCUGGCUAUUUAUAUGGAGGUUUAAUCGUUUUAAUCGGUGUUGAAGAGAGCAUGCUUGCUGCUUAGUUUGGGGAAAUGUUUCAGCUCUGCAUGUUGGCCUAUUUUAUUUGGAAAAAUCUCCUUUUAACCCCAUAAUAAUCAUUGUUUCGAAAGGAGAUGUUUGUAAGUGCACAAAGUCAAUGCUUACUGUGUCUGGCAUGUUUUUCAUCGCAAGCGGACUUUGUUAAUUAAUGAAUAUUAAAGGAAUGAAAUUCCUGUCACGCCCCUUGGAUGCGAGUUGCAGUGAUGUUGGUACAGUCCCACUAUUUUUCUUGCCUCCUCCCAAACCGUCCCCUUUCUCAUAAGUAGAUUUGACACUCAUCUAAGAUGGCCAUCCGUGUAAAAGCAAAGUCUUCGAUCUGAACUGUCUUACAGAAAAAUGAACAGUCUAGUACAUGUAAGGCAUUUUUUUAGUGGCUUGGUGCCUCAGGGGCUGAUUCUUUGAAAAUUUAAAGAACGAGAAAGUUGUAUGUUUUAAUGGCUCAGUCAUUUAGUGGAUCAUCAAAUGGAACUGUUGAGCUAUGGAGCGUCUAAUUAUAAAGUUGCAGACAGUGCUGUGGCUGAAAGCAAACAUAAUGUAGGUUCGGCUAACUUCCUGAAAACGUAAGAACAAUAGAGGAAAACUAUCCCCUCAGUCGCCAUUCAGAAACUCAUGCAAAGGUUGUUAUAAAGUUGUUUGAAACUGCCAGCUGCUUUUGCUGAACUAGAGAAGAAGCUAUACAUACGCCUGGAUUGCUGUGGUGAAUGGCUCCUUAUCCUGUAUUUGUAGCUAGUUGCUUGUGAUAUUCUUUAUGUCAGAUGAACAGGCUGCAGUAAUCUAUCGGCGAAUAGCUUCGCGAUCAAGAAGAAACAAUGACUUUCCUCCAAAGGGAAUUCCUGUCCUCAAAUGACACUUAAACAACAAAAACGUCUGCUGGAAAUACUUUUUUUCCUGCAUUUGUUUAUCUAUACAAAACGUUAAAACCACCAUGUUCGCACGUAAACAACAAAGCUACAAUGAUGUAUUUUAUUGGUUCAUUUGAAUAUCGCGUGACGUUUCUGGUUAAGAUAAGGCGUUUCAACGGCCGGGGGAAGUGGACUUUUUGCAUUCUUGGGCAGUGGUUCUUGAGCAAAUUUUCAGGCAGAUCGUCUCUAUAAGAGUAAUGACACUUAUUAAUACAAAUGUGGUGGCGUCAAGGCAUAUAAAAAGGGAAGAGGUCUUGCUUCUGGUUGCUGUCCGUCGCAGAAAAACGCCUGAGCUUAAGUUAAACUUUAUACGUGGCAACGAAAACAUCACGCAUUCCGCGCAAUCUGAAUUUUCUGGGCGAAACGGCUUUUUGGGGGGGAAUUUUCUGUUUAGAAUAUCCGAGUAGAUGCAGCGAGAAAGUAAAUUGUCAUUUGCUAAACUACAGAUUGUCAUUUCCCAAACUACAGAUUCUCAUUUCGCAAACUGCAGAUUUUCAUUUUGCAAACUAAAGAUUUUCAUUUCGCAAACUACAGAUUCUCAUUUCGCAAACUGCAGAUUUUCAUUUUGCAAACUAAAGAUUUUCAUUUCGCAAACUACAGAUUCUCAUUUCGCAAACUACAGAUUUUCAUUUCGCAAACUACAAAUUUUCAUUUCGCAAACUACAGAUUUUCAUCUCGCAAACUACAGAUUUUCAUCUCGCAAACUACAGAUUUUCAUUUCGCAAACUACUGAUUUUCAUUUUGUUUCAUUCCAUUUCGUUUCAUUUCGUUUCGCUCCAUUUUGUUUCGCAAACUACAGUAAGCCCAUGUUGUUAGGUUAAUUUUAGUCCUGGCCUGGCAAACAAGACGUAGGUACGCAAUUUCUGAACAUAUCAUCCAGGUGUCUGUCAGUUUCCCCUUUUAGUGCAUUUGUGGUACUCAACACCUUGCAGGGCCUCUUGUUUGCUCAAUAUCCACUCAAUACAGGUUUCCCUGUUAUAAGAAAUUUUUUAAAAUGUUUAAUUAACUUUGCUUUUGUUAUUGUAGAACAUUGUGAAACAACCAGAACCAUUAGCCAGUAUGUUGACAAUUGCUGAGAAGGAAAAGUGGAAACGUAUUCGUAACACCUUGACUCCAGCUUUCAGUGCUUUGAAGAUGAAACAGAUGAUACCACUGAUGAACGCCUGCUGUGAUAAUCUGAUCAAGAAACUCAGUGGAGUAGCUGAUAAGGAGCAAAGUGUUAACAUCUCUAAGUGAGUCUGUUACUUAAGAUUUUCAUUCUAUUCACUCCUCAGUUACCAUUCCUACUGCCCUUGUAAACCUAGAUCCCUUAAUUAUGUCACUUGUGAGUUCAUCAAUUUAAUUGUAAAUUAUAGACAACUUUGACACCAACCAUUGUUACUUGAAUGAAUGGGAGGAAGAGAUCUAUCAAACCAUACCCAUAUGAGCACGAUUCACCAGAAAAUCUUGUUUCACUUACCCAUCUGGACCUGGUUCCUGAGAGGAAGAUUUGCGCUAAUCCAGGAUUAAAAUUUUGUUUGUUUUUUGUAUUUUACUUUCCUAUGUAUUGCUUAGAUUAAAAUUUUGUGUUGUUAUUAUUACUGUUUCGUGGAGUAAAUGCUCAACAGUAAUUUUGUAUAAAGCUCAAGUUGCAUGUUCUUAGACAAUAUACCUGCCAACUCUCACGUCUUAACCUGCGGGUUGAAAACUUCAAUCUCACGCCGGCUCACGCUUGCGGGCCAAUUUCUCACGCCUGAUUGAAAAAUGUGAGUCGUUGCCGUCUUGCUUGACGCAAUUUCCAAAAAUAUGUUAACUCAGACCCAUGUAAGGAACGAAAACCAUGUGUAAAAUGAAUAAAUGACAAUACCUUCCUCGUGAUCUCUGAUUUUGUGGAUAAGCGUUUUCUCGGACAUCUUCGGAAGACUUCGGACGUCUUCGGAAGACUUAGGACUUCUUCGGAAGAAUUCGGACUUCUUCGGGAAUCUUCGGAUAUGAUCAUGUCGUCUUCAAAAAUCCCAGCACUCCUAGGAUAAAAAUCUCACACUUAUAUCUCAGAAAAAGUUGGCAGGUAUAAGACAAGAAAACCUUGCUUAAAAUUUGGCUUAAUCCUGGGUUAAACUUAACAGUCUUUUGAGCAACUUGGCCCUGUACUAAAUCCUUCAGAAUAAUGUCACCAUCCUCAUGGAAUCCCACGAUAAAAGCCCUACUUAGGUAAAGAGCCAAGAAAAGUGAAAGGAGCAGGGAGGAGGGAAAGCAAAUGGUAAAUAAUUAUUGAGGAAAAGGAUCACUUUUUGAACCUCAGAACAAAAAUCUUUUUAUUUUGCCUUGAGCACACCCAAACUAUGGAAGCUUUCAUUCAGAAUCAUGAACUAAAGCCAGCAAAUAUAUGAAAAAGUAUUAUUAGAACCCUGUGUUUAGUCCCCUCAUCAACACCAUGGAUGACAUAUGAACAGUGAUUUUGUUACAAAUGGUUAUGGUGAGUCCUGGGACUCAUCUUGUGAAAAUUCAUGAGUCCCUGUCCAUAACCAAUGAGUCCCACUUCAAAGCAAAGACUAUUUAAAAAGGACUAAAAUAAAUAUUCAACUGUAAACAGCAGCUACAGAAAUCGCACAAACAGCACAUUCUACCAAAAAAUAUUCAAAUUGAUCUAUCGUUUUUUGCGUCCUAACGGGAUGCAUGCCAUGUUCAAUUAUUUUGCAUCUUUGGGGAUUUUUAUGCAUCAGGGAUGCAGGAUGCAGAGGUAGCAAAAUCACUAUAUGAACCACACAGGAGAGAUGUCUGUUAUAGUCAAAGUAGGGAUUGUAUGAAAGCCCAGAGCUAUAUGCUAUCUGGGGUUCAGGUCAAUGAUAUUGCUGCAGUGGUUGUGUGAGGGAGUUUUAUUGCAAGCCAAAUAAAUGUACUUCCCAUUUUUGUUCUCACAGAUAUCAACAAUCCCUUACAAUGGAUGUCAUUGUCUCGGCUGCGUUUGGAUUUGAAGUUGAUUCACAGUCAAAUCCUGAUGAACCUAUUUUGAGUGCAGCUCGGCAGGCCACACAGCAAGGUGGUUUUCGACGAAUUUUGUUAACAAUUGUGUCCAUAUUACCAUUUGGAAUGAAACUCAUGGAACUAGUGCCAAGCUUGUGGAUGGCAAAUCUAAAGCCCCUGCUUAACAUAUCAGAAGAAAUCGUUCAGCUCAAGAGAGGUGGUCAAGGAAACUCUCCUAGAAAGGUAAUAAGGAGAUAGCAUGACGGCAUUGGCCAAAAAAUGUCACUUAAAAAGUGAAUUUGGGUUCUUUUAAUCACUAUCACAAAUAUCCAAUUCGCUUACUUUGUCAAAUGCAAGCGGACUAUUCUAGAGCUGAAUUCCUGAAUUCCAAGUUCAGAAAGAGAAAGAAAAUUUCAUUGGUGCUCGUUCACAUCCUCCAUAAAACAGGAAACUAGGCAUUUUCACCUCAUGGUCAUGCAGCAAUGGUACAUAAAUGUACAAAAACGCAUGAUGUACAUGCAGAGUUGUUGUUUUGCCUUCUCAACCUAUUGCUUUUUUGACGUUCUCAUUGCUGUCGCCGUUGUGGCAUCUUGAACUCCCUAUAAUUAUACAGUUAUGUUAACAAAAAACCUCUCCCUAAGGCAGAUUGGGAUUGACACUGGCUGUCCAUCAUAGAGAGGUGUCUACCUUAUUGGAGGGAAGGAGUAGCGGAGUCCAAACCCUCCCCCCCGUCCUGCCCGGUUUCCAUUAUUUCCCCUUAUUUCUCCCACUUGUGGCUCCUAAGUUAGCAUACCUCCCUCCCUCUCUCCUUUCUCCCUUCUUGUGCCCCUCCUGACCCCUAUUCUCCCGGGCUCCUAACUGCUUACCCUCCUCCUCUUAUAGGGAAUCAAAGAAAGGCCAAGAGAGCAAUAAUUGGAAUUAACUCUAGGGGUCGGCUGUUUAAACAGAGUUUACAGUAUCGUUGUUAACAAAACUUUGAUUUCCAGUUAUUCAUUGUGUAGCAGCAUCAGCACUUGUGCUGGAAAGAACCAUGAAACUAUAAGAAGACUAAAUGACUCACAGACUCCACAAGGGGCUAGGGUUUAAUUGUGCCAACUCUUACUGUGAUCCCCUGCAGUAAAAGAGUUUCUUGAGAUGGUUUCCUGUCGAAUUUCUGUGAGCCUGGGAAAAAAAAACAUACAUGUGUUCCUAUAAUUAAGCUAAGGCCAUGUGAGGGCCAGCAGAAAAUCAUUGUGAUGUGAAUGCGGUUACAACAGAGAAAAUAGCCAAAAAUUAUUUUUAUUCGGGUUCCAUUACACAAUGUAAACACUACUGUUGGGGUUUCAGGUAUAAGCGUUAGAUCUUGGUGACACUGUGCAUAAACUUAGAACUUGAAAAUGGGGAACCGUGACAAAAAGGGACUGUCAUUGACUAUAAUGACCAAUACUUUCAUUGCAUGUGAUAGGACAUGCUUGAUCUUAUGUUGGCUGCAGCAGAUGAUACCACUGUCCCAGAGUCAAAGAAGCUCUCUGAUAACGAGAUCAUCGCACAAAGCAUGGUGUUUCUGUUUGCUGGCCAUGAAACAACCAGUACUGUCUUGAGUUUUGCAUGUUACCACUUGGCUGUCAGUCCUGAGAUUCAGGAAAAACUGCAGCAGGAAAUUGACAGUGUGUGGUCUGAUGAUAGUGAAAUGUUGUCUUACGAGACCAUUCACCAGCUACCAUAUCUGGACAUGGUCAUAUCAGAAACCCUAAGGCUGUAUCCACCAGGUAAGGGGAAUUUAGCAGAGUUAGAGUCAGGGCUUGUCUGUUUACACAUAAGUGACUUCUAUAGCCUGCAGGCUGACUCUCUGUAAAUUGUAAUUUGUAACUGUAAUUUGUUGCUAUUUGUUUACCCACGGAGCACUUAGGAGUUCAUAUAAACUCCUUGGAAUGUCUCCGUGCAUUCCAGAUCGAAUUGGAAUUUGCAAGUGUUGGUUUUUAAGGAGAGGGGAAAACCAGAGAACCUAGAGAAAAACCUCUCGGAACAAGGGAGAGAAGCUCACCCCACAUAUGGCUUUAACAUCGGGAUUUGAGCCCGGGCCACAGUGGUGGAAGGUGACUGCUCUCACCACUGUGCCAACCUCGCUCCUUGGUGGGGAAGUGGGAGCUCUGGUGCUCUCCCUCUCCUUUUCUCCCUUACUCCCAGAGCUCCCUUGAGAGCUUUCUCACGUGCUUUGACUUCUAAGCAUGAUCAUUUCCCACACCCCCUUCCUUCAGGAAUUUAAUCACCAUCAUGGUUGAGCAUUUCAGCGAGCCAGAUCAUGAAACAAAUGGCAUGUCACCGAUUUUUUUCCUUUUGUUCCUAGGCCAUAAACGUCAUAAUAUUUAAGUGUGGGUAAUGGAAAAAUAAUGGUCACGGCAUGAAAUAACUACGAUUGACGCGGUUUUUUUUGUUCAGUUGCUCAGUACUAGAGGUAGAUUAUAGUCACUGCAAAGUAAAUUAUGCUAUUGGUUAAUUUUGAUAGUGAUCACUGUAAUGGUCAUGGUGAUGAUAAUGGCCAUGUUGAUGAUAACAACCACGAUCAGUGGUGGUAUUGGUGAUGAUGAUGAUGAUGAUGAUGAUGAUGAUGAUGGCAUGAUGCCUACGUUCAUUGAUGAUCAAUGUUGAUUGUGGUGAGGGUGAUAGCAAUAGUAAUCAAUGAUGGUUGUGAUGUUGAUGAUGAUGACGACGAUGAUUGUGGUGUUGAUGUCGACGUAAAUGGGGACUUCCUCGCGAUAUCUCGUUCGAAUACUAAAGAAGGAAAGGUAGCUUCACGUGUCCUGCCUUACAACAAACAUCUUUCCUUUUUACGUUGCAGGAUUUCUAAUCAUCCGAAACUGCACCAAAGAUUGCAUCCUCAGGGGCGUUAAGAUACCAAAAGAUAUAGCUGUAAUGAUUCCAGUUUACAGUAUCCACAGAGAUCCAUCCAUUUAUGCAGACCCAGACAAAUUUGACCCAGAACGCUUUGCGAAGGAAGAGUCACGUAAUCCUUACUCUUUCAUGCCAUUUGGAAACGGUCCGCAUAACUGUAUUGGAUUGCGGUUUGCGAUGAUAGAAAUGAAGCUGGUGUUGGCCCGAAUUUUGAAGAAAUAUCGCUUUGAAGUAGCUCCAGAUACGAAGCAACCCCCUGAAAUCAUCGUCAAAUCCACUUUAACUUGUUUGGACAUCCAUCUUCGAGUGACCUCACGUGCAAAGACUGCUUAAACCAUUUUAAAUUAAAUUUAAACAUAGAAAUAUGACUGUAACUGAAAAGUAUUAGAAUAGUACUGGUUAUUGAGAAAAAGGUGAAGCCAAAAAAUAGCCACCGCAUUAUCGCGGUGAGUAUUGGACAUGUGUUUGAGAAACAUUUACUAUAACUUGUGUA